AUGCCCUUUGGCCUAACUAAUGCACCAGCCACUUUUCAGAGUUUGAUGAAUCAUGUGUUCCAAGAUCACAUUAGACAUUUUGUACUUGUGUUCUUUGAUGAUAUAUUAGUCUAUAGUUUUACAGUACCGGAACAUGAGGAGCAUUUGAAGAAGGUGCUGCAUAUUCUCAGAAAAAAGCAACUUUAUGCAAAGAGGUCAAAAUGUUCCUUCUGUCAAAAGAAGGUGGAAUAUCUGGGACAUGUAAUCACCGGAGAGGGUGUAUCCACUGAUCCUGCUAAGAUUGAAGCAAUGGCUUCUUGGCCUGUGCCUAGGUCACUUAAGGCAUUGAGAGGAUUUUUGGGCCUGACUGGUUAUUACAGGAGGUUUGCAAGGAACUAUGGGUGGAUUAGUAAGCCCUUAACUGCAUUACUUAAAAAGAAUUCAUUCAAGUGGAGUUCUGAACCCCAAACAGCCUUUGAGGAGCUAAAGAAAGCUAUGUCAUCAGCACUAGUUUUGGCUUUGGCAGACUUCACUAAGGCUUUUAUUGUUGAGACUGAUGCUUGUUCUAAGGGGAUUGGAGCUGUUCUAAUGUAG